CCUGGUUAACAUCAAACAUGAAUAAAUGUAUUAUUUUACUUAAUUUAUUAUUUGUUGUAAAUGCAUCUUUAUUAUCAAAUAUUACUCAGCAGAAAUAUGUAGAAGAUGGUAUAAUCCCCGAUGUUAUUGACGUGGCACCCUCCAAAAAAUUCACUGUUAUCUUUGACAGUGACAAAAAAGCCGAAUUGGGAAACCAUCUUACACCUACCGAAGUUAAAAAUCAACCGAAAAUCGAAUGGGAGGGCUUGGUUGAUCCUAAAAAAUAUUACGUGCUUGCGAUGGUCGAUCCAGAUAUUCCCAGUAGGCUGCUUCCCAUAUUGAGGGAAUACAAACACUGGUUAAUAGGAAAUAUUCCUGGAAAUAAUUUUUCUUCAAAGGACGCGGUUGUCAUUGCCCCUUAUCAGAGUCCUGUACCUCCUAGGUUCACCGGAUUUCAUAGGUACAUAUUCUUACUUUAUGAACAAAAGGAUUUUUUGAUGUUUGACGAGCCAAAGGGAACUGAAUUAUCACCAAAAAAUAGACCGCGUUUUUCUGUUAAAUCAUUUGCGAAAAAAUAUAAUUUGGGAGAUCCAAUUGCUGGUAAUUAUUUCAAAGCCAAAUGGGACGAGUACGUGGACGAAAAAAACUUAAUCAUGAUAAAUGAUUUAUUUAAAGGACUUCUAAAUAAAACUGCGACUUGAAAUUUUUAUCGUACCUUUUUGUAUAUUGCAGGAAAGAUUAUUAUUUUA